AUGGCAGGAAACGACAAUGCCCUAGGGGAUGCCCAUAAGCCUCGGACAAAGAAGCAACCGCCACCAGCUCCCUUCUACAUUCCCCUCAACAUCACUCUCUACAUAUUCCUACUUGCCAACACUCUCGCCGCACUAUACUCUCCAAUUCAGGAUUGUGAUGAGGUGUUCAAUUUCUGGGAACCUACACAUUAUCUGCAGCAUGGAUACGGUCUUCAAACCUGGGAAUAUUCUCCGGUUUAUUCUAUCCGGAGCUGGCUCUACGUGUCGCUCCAUGCUGCUGUAGGCAAGAUCGCAUCUUUGGUGGUCCAUAGCAAGACAGCUGAAUUCUACACAAUUCGCCUAUCUCUUGCAUUUCUGUGUACUGCCUGCCAGACUCGACUAUACUCUGCGAUAUGUCGUACACUCAGUCCCCGGAUCGGUCUGUUUUUUGUCAUGAUCAUCACACUCAGCCCUGGCAUGUUUCAUGCUUCGACAGCCUUUUUGCCCUCUACCUUUACCAUGUAUAUGUCUAUGCUUGGUCUGGCGUCUUUCCUGGAUUGGAAAAACAGCCGAAAAACAGCGAAGGGCAUCAUGUGGUUUGGCCUGGGGACAAUUGUUGGGUGGCCGUUUGCCGGUGCUCUCAUUGUCCCUCUUUUAGCUGAGGAGGCUAUUGUCAGUUUCAUUCCUGGAUCUUUCGGCUCACUGUUGUACAAUGUCUUUGAUGGUAUCACUCGUUGUUUGUCGAUCCUGGCUCUAGAAGUUGCGGUUGACUAUGCUUUCUUCCAAAAGCUCGUUCUCGUGCCUUGGAACAUUGUUGCAUACAACGUCCUGGGUGGAGAAGGUAAGGGACCAGAUAUCUUUGGAACUGAGCCAUGGACUUUCUAUAUUCGAAACCUCUUGCUCAACUUCAAUGUCUGGUUUGUUCUCGCCAUGCUAUCCGCGCCCCUCCUACUUUUCCAGAUCGUCUUCCGAUCGCACACCGCCUCCUUGCAAACCUCAUUGCGGUCCAUGGCCCUGGUCGCUCCUUUUUAUAUGUGGUUCGGGAUUUUCUCGGUCCAGCCACACAAGGAAGAGCGGUUUAUGUACCCAGCAUACCCGUUCCUGGCACUUAGCGGGGCUUUGAGCUUCCAUAUUAUCCUAACCUACCUUGGCUCCACUAACCAAAAGGAGCUGAUCGGCCGCGUACCAACUAAAUUAAAGAUUGCUGCAGCUGUGUCAGUUGUUCUUGUUGGUCUGAACGCUGGCAUGCUCCGCACUCUAGGUAUGGUUACGGCUUAUAACGCUCCAUUGAAGGUGUUCGAGCCACUACAACGUGUGGAUAUCGCACAGGCAGGAGACUCGGUGUGUUUCGGCAAGGAGUGGUAUCGCUUCCCGUCAUCGUAUUUCCUUCCCAACGACAUGCGCGCCAAGUUUAUCCGAAGUGAAUUCCGAGGACUACUUCCGGGCGAAUUCCCAGAUGCGCCAAGUUAUAUUGGGCGUCUGGAUGGUGCCUCACAGAUUCCAUCUGGCAUGAAUGAUCUCAACAUCGAGGACCCUACUAAAUACGUGGAUAUCUCUCAAUGUUCUUUCCUGGUUGACUCUUACUUCCCUGGUCACGACGCAACUGAGCUAGAGCCCCAUUACCUCCUGGACAAGGCGCAGUGGGAGACGCUUUCCUGCGCAAGCUUCCUCGAUGCGUCUCAAACAGGUCUUUUAGGUCGAUUGAUCUGGAUUCCUGAUUUCCCGAUCAUCCCAGCUCGCUUCCGACGCAAAUGGGGCGAAUACUGUCUUCUCCAACGAACAGUCGCAGGCCAUGUAUAG